ACUCGCCAGUUUAUCGUACAUUUGUACCCCUUUUUCUAAAAUGUAUUGAAUUUCGACAUACAGCGUAUUAAAGUAAAAUAACCUAAUACAUACUGCAAUACUUCAUAGUAGAUUCAAUCUAUUUUGUGUUACUGCCUAAAUUUUUAAAUUUUACAUUAUACACUAGAUUAUACAGUAAUAGAUAACUUUUUAAAUUAUAUUUAAAAAAUAUUAAUCAAACAAGAGAUUAUAAUUUAUAACAUUAAUAUAUAGAAACAUUUAUUUAUAUUUAAUAUUACAUGAACCUAGUCAUAUCCUAUCUAUAACAUUUUGAUGAUAACCAAGAAUAUUGUUGAUCGUUCCCGAAAUAAAACAACAAAUCCCCGAGUUCCUGAUUGUCGUGCCUAGACCUACAAUAAUAAUAGCGUAAUCCUACCUAAAUACGCUACAACACCUUACAAUAGAUAACAGUAAAUUUGUCUCGUAAGUAUUCGUUAACAUUUUUAUACAGUGUUAAAAUAAUAAAUUAGGUAGUUACUUUCAAUAUCGACAAAACAAUCGUAUGAAAACUGAACGACGCGUAAAUAACGCGUAAUUAAAAUAUUUUAACUGCUAUGCAGCAACAAUCAAUGUGAAAAUUUGAAAUAAUUCACUUGCAAAUUAUGAUAUAAUAAGAAUAAAGUUAAGUAUUAUCUAAGUGAUGGCAAGAAAACGACGUAGCACAACUGAAAUAAAUACAGCUGAAAAUGCUUCAGUUCCAAAACGUCGUUAUACUAGUGCACAAAGAACUCAUCUUGAUGAAAUGAUGGUUUUUAAUCAUAAAAAAUGUCUUUCGUGGUAUCAUAAAUAUACAAACGAUGUAGGCGAACUAGGACCCGAAGGCAUGGAAAAAUUUUGUAUGGAUAUUGGGGUUGAUCCAGAAGAUUUAGUUAUGCUUGUUUUGGCUUGGAAAAUGAAUGCUAAAUCAAUGGGAUAUUUUUCUAGUGCUGAAUGGUUAAAGGGUCUUACAGAAUUACAAUGUGAUUCAGUUAAAAAACUUCAAAGUAAAUUGGAAUCUUUAAGGUUGUGUUUUAAUGAUCCAUUAGCUUUCAAAAGUAUUUAUAGAUAUGCAUAUGAUUUUGCAAGAGAUAAAGAUCAACGAAGUAUGGAUAUAGAAACUGCAAAAUUAAUGUUAAAUUUAUUACUUGGGAAACAAUGGAAACUUUACCCAUUAUUUGCUAAAUUUAUAGAUCAAUCCAAGUAUAGAGUUAUUAAUAAAGAUCAAUGGUGCAAUAUAUUAGAAUUUUCACGAUCUAUCACUACAGAUUUGGCAAAUUAUGACAUAGAUGGAGCUUGGCCUGUUAUGUUAGACGAGUUUGUGGACUGGUUAAAGAAUAGUAACAGCUGAAAUUAAGAAGUCGAUUAUUGCUGACCAGGAUUAGUUACUGGAUUAAUAUAAGUUAAAUACAAUUAAAUAAAACUCAAUCGAUCUCUUGUUUGCUUUUUCAAUUUCCAUGCAAAUAAAUUUUUAAUUUCUAUUAAUAUUUCAAAAGUACAGUACAUAAUACAAAUCACUUUUUUUGCA